AUGUUAAUAUGCGCUGCCGAACUGACCACAGCUUAUAAAGUCGUAAAGCACCACCAAUCGUUUAGCUCUUUAGAUUGUACGACAAAACUGAAUGCCGUAAUGUAUCCUGAUUCAAGUAUCGCAGCAAAACAAUCAACUGCAAGAACAAAAGCUACUGCUAUCAUUAAACACAUUUUAGCUCCACACUCGAUCGCGCAAAUUAAAACAGAAGUCGAAAAAGUUCCUUUUUACGGCAUUUCAACCGAUUCUAGCAAUCACAAAGCCGAAAAGUUAUUUCCACUGCUGAUACAGUACUUUACGGAAAAAGAAGGACUGCAAAUUAAAUUACUAAAAAUAGACUCAUUGCCGAAUGAAACAUCUGAUACAAUCACUUCAUUUUGUAUAAAAUCGUUGCAGGAUCAGAACAUCCCCGUACAAAAUAUUGUUGCUUUCAGCGGGGAUAACACAAACACUAACUUUGGCGGAAGAGAUAGUCAAGCAUUUCUGAUUGAAAAACAAAUUAAAAAGAUUGAAAAAUCAGUUAUUACCAUUGUUGAAGUGAAAAAUGUAUUACAGGAUACAAAAAAACAGUUGAGUGACAGAUUGAUAAAUAAAUAUUUAGGCAAUCAAACAACACAACUUUAUAACAAACUAAAGAAUGAAGGCACAAUUAAUACAAGUCAAUCCGAAACAUUUGACAAAGAAACAGGAGAUUUCUUUAACACUGCUAUAUGUUAUCUCGAACAGUGGACAGAGCCGAUGACAAAAUUUGAUGUUUUCGCUUGGAUGAUUUUAAAUGAUAUUCCUCAAUGGCAACAAGUAGAAGAAACUACAAAAUAUUUAAAUGAAAAGGAUAUAGGAAUAGAUGAUUCAAUGUAUGAAGAAUUUAUGUACUUAAAAUCGUUUAUUGAAUGUGAAAUCAGCGAUGAAUGGAAAGCUAAAAAUAUGGAAGCAAAAUGGAAACACUUUUUUUGA